GAGGAAGCGCGCGCUAUUGGUUGUCCCGAGCACGUGGACAACUUCCCCGUCUCGGUCCAAAAUAUUCAAAGCGCGUGUCAUGGCAGAGAAAUUAGAUAUCAUCUCAAAGUGCGUUAGAACUUUCUUUGAUUUCCCUACAAAAGGGAUUCCGUUCAAGGAUAUUUUUCCGAUCCUGAAGGAUCCGAAGGCUCUGGCUGCGGUCACGGAUCUGUUUGAGGAGCACGUGAGGAGCACGUACCCUCAGGUGGAUCUUAUAGUCGGACUUGACGCUCGAGGAUUUCUCUUUGGGCCACUUUUGUCUCAGAGAUUAGGUGUAGGAUUUGUUCCCAUCAGAAAAAAAGGGAAGCUCCCUGGCCCAACGUUAUCAGUAGCAUACAGUCUUGAGUAUGCAAAGGCUGAGGCAGAGAUGCAGGAAGACGCUGUUUCUGAAGGACAGAAGGUCCUGAUCAUUGAUGAUUUACUGGCUACUGGAGGAACCCUGUACGCGGCGUGUGAGCUGAUCAAGCGGCAGAAAGCAGAGGUGCUUGGCUGUCUGGUGGUGAUUGAGCUGAAGGAUCUCAAUGGAUCAGAGAAGCUGCAGUCAACCCCCGUGUUCUCGCUCAUACAGUACUGACGGUACUACCGCUUAGUGCUCACAUCAUGGUUUACGGCUCAGGAAUAUGAAGAAAUUUCAACUAUAUUUUGAUGCGCUUCAUUACACGUAUAAUAACCAGAAACUAAAAGGAAAGUCACGCUGCACAAGAACUCAGUAAUUAUGGGUAAUCAAUCAGCUGCUUUUAAAAAUCAAAACUAAUCUCACUGUUUUACAUUCACAUUGUUGUCUGUGUUUUCUUCAGUGAUGCUGUUUCAUGGGACAGUUAAAUGUUUGUUGUACUGUAUGCACACUUUAGAGUGCUUCUAGGUACUUUAUAAACUGUCUUAAGAAUAUUCCACACGCUACUCUUCUGAAACAGUACUUUAUCUAUUAUACGAAAGUAAAUGAUUUUACAUACAGAGUAUGAAACAC